AUGUCUGAAGUUAAAAAGGAUGAGUCGUCAUCCCCAUCAUCAAACGAGAAGUACUGGCAACCCACUGCUAGGUUAUUCUAUGGAAUAAUGAUUAAACCCUUUUUACCAUUACAAAAAUAUCCAGAAUUGGUUUAUCAUAACGCAGAAUAUUCCAAUCUUUACCCUGGCGGUGAAGUUUAUAUCUUCGAAGAGACCACAGAUCAAAAAUGGUGUAGAGCUUAUUUAUGUUCAAGGCCAUUGCCUGACGAGUUUAUAGCUAUAAUGUCUUCGUUGGUUGACAAAUUACCCGAUAUAAAACCGAGAAUCGUCGUUUUCCCAACUAGGUAUUGUAAUAUUAAUAGAACGUCAAUUGUGACAAAAAUGCCAUUUUUCAAAUUACCAGAACUACAUGAUUUCGAUACAGUUAUUAGUGACCAAUGUACCACAUCCUCCUUGUUUGAAAGCUUAUCCAAAGUGAAAUCUUCCGAAUUAACUUCCGCAACGACAGGUACGAAUUUGUCAAGAUCUACAUCGAAAUCAUCUUCACCGUCAAAUGGAUCAAGAAAGCCGUCAAGACCUGGUUUCCCAUUUUUUAGGUAUCAGAAAAGACCAUUUAUUGAAGAAAUUGGGCCCGUACUAUCAUUAUUAUCUUCACAUAUCUAUGCAAUGUAUUCUGCAGGAGAAUUCAAAAUCUAUGAAAAUUUAAAAGAUUUAUACUAUGAAUUAGAUAAUAUUAGGCUGAGGUUACAAUAUUCCCUAAUCACAGCGUCAGAAAGGAUUAAAAUUAUUAGAACAGCAAGUUGCCUACUGGGUCGUAUUGCAAAAUAUAUAGCAUCCAAGGGGAAAUCAGACAAAUUUUACAAUGAAACUGGAAGUACUGUACCGAACAUCAGAUCAUUAGCAAGUGUAGCGCCAACAAAUAUCGAUCAAGAUCCUUAUGCUUUUGAGGCAAUUUUUGCUCGUGAUAUAAAUACAGGUGAAUUACUAGAUUAUGAAAGUUCAGAUUGUCAAACGCUAGUUCUAAGUACUAUGCUUAGUGGGUUAACAAAUACUUUUCCUGUUUCAUCAUUCAAUAUCUUACAAAGUACUAUACAACCGAAUAAAUUAUUUCGUGAAACUCAAUCCCAUAUCCUAGUAGAUUUUAAUGAUGUCACAAGUGAUCCAUCAAUGCCCAAUCCAAAAUUCGAAAACAUGGUAGCUUACGUCCAUUUGAGAACAAAAAAUGAAAUAUUAACCGAAUCAUUUAUUGUAGAUAUAAAUUCCGAGAAUAUUUUGUCUUUGGACAAUAUUUCAGCUGUCCUUUUCAAAAAUAUUUCCACUUCUUUAGUUGAAAGAGAAAAAAUUUAUAUUGCGAUAAUAUUAACUGAAACAGUACCAAUAAUACCAAGAGACAAACAAAACAUCAAUUUCAAGCCACCGUUCGUACCAUUUAAGUCAGAAACAGAAGAUACGAUUUCGCAAGUUAAGUUUGGUAUCGCUGCUGGUGUUGCUGAUAUAUCUGCUGUAUUCGAAAAUCGAAGGACAAUAACAUCAUCAAAAUCGUCAAGAAAUUUUAAUAUUCGGUUAUUCGGAACAAGAUAUUCGGAAUCGUCAUCCUUCUCAUCUAAGACCCCUCGUGUUAAGUCAACGAAUUUAGGAUGGGGUGGCAUUAUUGACCAAAUAUUGCAUGAUUCUCCAACUGAUAUUGUAGUUAAUCCUAGAGCCAUUUCAAUUUCGGUGACUGUAAAGGAAUUCUUGGCUGACCACAUAUCUGAAGAAGAUAAAACCUAUAUUAACAAAUUAGAAGAUGCCUCCAGCGUACCUUUCCUACCGAACAACCAGAGUGCUCCAAUGCAGAGUGCCAUUAAAACAAUAUCUACAAAAUUUUAUGAUAAUAUCUUUAGGCCUAUCGAAAAAAUAUCUUUGACUUUGGGAAAAGUAUCCUUAGUCGGUUUAGAAAAUAAAAAAACCAAUAUCAAAAAUAUAUCAGUUCAUAUAUCGAGCAGGAAUGAGAAUGUUAAAUUUAGUAAACAUUCAUACGGUAAUUUACUUAAAUCAUGGGAAUUCGUUUCAGUUCAUCCAUCUGAGACUAUAGGCGAAACAAUCCUAAUUCAUGGCCUCGAAUCAAUGUCCAAAGACGAAACUUUGAGAUUAUUGGUUUAUUUGAAUGGUUAUUUGAUGGCGAAAUCAAAUAUAUAUAUAAAAAAGGAUAAUAAUAUAGUGGAAUAUGGUAAAAAUACUACUUUUGAACUGACUUCAUCGCUUGGAAAACCACUAAUUCACUUAGAUUUGAAAACCAAAUAUGAAGGAGUUAAAUAUAGUCUUGAUCCAACCGUUAAGGAGUUCAUGAAUAUAAUAUCUAAUCAUGAUUCAUCCGAACCAAAUUUCAAUAAGAAUGUUUUGACAGUUGUUCAAAAAUUAAACAAAGUUAGCAUAGAUGAAUUGGCUGUUCAUUUUGAUAUAAUAUUACCAAUCUAUUUAGAAUUAUUGUUUAUUACUAGCACUGAAGAUAAUAUUAACUCCGAGUUUAUUGACAAAAUGUUCCUAUCAUACGUUCAAUUUAUCGAUAUUACGUUAGUAUCUAACGAAAUUUGCAAAGUUAAAUUUAACGAAUUUGUGAAAAUGGGGAAUGUACGAAAUGACAAUUCUUUACCUAAAUUAGGUCCAAAAAUAUUAAAUCAUCUGACCAAAUUAGUUAAACAAGAUAAGGAAUUAUUACAUUCGCGCGAUGAUGAAUAUAAUCAAGUAUCAACGCAUCUUUUAUUAAUUUCUGUCAUUUCAUCCAAUGGUAUUGAACCACAGUGGAAAACUGCAUUCGAGGACUUUUUUACUACUAUUUGUGAUAUGUUGAAAUCAACUGAAGAAUCGGAUUUUAUUCAUCAAAUAUCUUUCCUAAAAGCUUACGAUAUAUGGCUGAAUACCCUAGAUACAUAUUAUACAGCAGAAGAAUUGAUCAAAUUUACUGAAGAUUUAUUUAAUAGUUGCCAGGAGAAGGAAAAUGAACUGAGUUUUGCAACAAAGAAAAUAACUAUGAAUGAUAAAGAAUAUUUAACAACCAAAUUUCUAUUAUUGAGGAGAAUUUUAGAUAAUGAUAAAAUCAACUCCUUCCUUUUUACGGAGGAGGCCCAUACGACACAGUUACAGUCAGACUUCCUUUCAAGGUGUCUUGAACUUCCAUUACAACCGUAUUUAUUGGACAAUGAUGAAGAUUUAGCGGAAAUUUCUAUUAGAUUAGCGAAUAGUGUGACCAUAAAACUAAUUGAAAAUAUUAAAAAUGAAAGAGUAUUGAAAAACAUAAUAAAAUUACUACCAAUGUACUGCCAAUUAUUUAUAUCGACUUGGAAAGAUUAUAAGAAGGCAGACAAUUUCAAGUCAAGUAGAAUCUUUACAAGACUUUUUCCAACACAGGUCCCAUUCCCCAAAUUACCUAUCGAUUCCAUUGUGAACCAUGAGAUUGUUUCUGAACUGCUUUUAGAAUUAUCCACUAUUAUAUGUGAAAUUUGUAAAAUCAGCUCCACUUUAUAUGGUUCCGAAGCAUCUUUCAGCUCGAUUAUUGAAGAAUGUCAAAAUGAUACUCAAUUUCAAACUAUGUUUUAUUUGAAGGAAGUAUCCAUUGAUACCGUCUCUAUCAUUAUUCAAACGAUUAAUGUGCUAUUUGAAGGUGAUUUCUUCCCCAAUGAUAAAUGGUUAGGUGUUACCGCAUUAUUUGCAAGAUCUUCAUUACAUAUGUUGAUGCUAUGUCAAGAUUUCAUGAUCAAACAUAAUAGUCCUAUUACCAUUGCAGAAUCGCAAAAAAAAGAAGGUGGUGAAUCGAUUGAAAUAAACAUGUCGAUCUGGGCAGAAUAUUUUAAGUGCCUAUUAAUGAUAUCAAACCAUAAAGUCUUAACUUGGAUCAAACUAGCUAUUAUACCAAGAAAGGCCUCUUAUUUACUGACCGGGAACUUGAAGAACUUAUCUGCUGAAUUACUCAACACCUGUUGGGAUGCAUUAGGUUGUACGGAUGACAAUAUCGAUGUUUCUAAAUUGUAUGGUAUAUCCAAAAUAAGUUCCUAUCAAAGAUCAUUAGUUACUGAUUAUCCCAAUAUAUUGAGAGAUAUUUUCAUUUUCGCAUUCCAUCGACAUAUAGUUACGACAAAGAUAAGUUGCAAAAUAAUUUGGAGUGUAGCAAUCAAUUUCUGGUUAGAAUAUGAAUCAUUUCAACCUGUUUUAAACUUAUUUAUUCCAGAAUUAUACAAUGCUUAUCAAAUAGGGAAGUUAUUUGUUGAUGAUUAUGAACUGAAUCGAUUUAUUUCAUGUUUGUUUUAUACGAUCCAUGUUCCAACAAAUAAUAAAAUCUAUCCAUUCGUGUUAAAUUUCUUAAAGGAAAUGCUUGGUUUCUUACAUAUUAUAAGUGAAAUGUAUAAGAUUCCAUCCCAACAAGAAUUUGAUGACGAUAGAACUGCCCGUCAUAUUGAAAUCUUUGGCUAUUUGUUAGAUGCUAACAGACCUGAACUUUUCCAUAAGAUGAUUAAUGAUUUGUAUAUUCAUUUUGUCAUGAAAAAGGAUUACGUUCAAGCUGGGUUAUGUCUGGAAUUAUUGGCAAGUACAUAUCUUUGGGAACCUAACGACUUUUUAGAAGCCUCCAAAUAUCCUCCUAUGCCAGAACAAUCGUCAUUUGAAAGGAAAGAAUAUUUAUACAAAGAAGCUGCAAGAAAUUUCUCCAAAGGGUUGAAACUAGAGAAGGCAUUAUCCGUUUAUAAGGAUUUAAUUAAAGCGUAUGAUGAAAUCAAUUAUGAUUUGAAUGGGUUAGCAUUUGUUCAUGAUCAAAUCGCGACAAUCUAUACAGAUUUACAAUUGAUUGAUAGAUUGGUUCCAACUUUUUUCAAAGUAUCUUUCUUAGGAUAUGGGUUUCCAAACUCUUUAAGAAAUAAACGAUUUAUUUUUGAAGGUUUACCAUUUGAACAUAUCACAUCUAUGCAUAGUCGACUUUUAAAAAUUUAUCAUGGAUCUACAAUUGUGCAAACUCAAGAGGAAGCAGAUCAAUUAUUGUUAAACCCACCAAUGGGUAAAUAUAUUCAUGUGAAUAUUGCGGAACCGAAAUUAGCCAUUUCCGAAGAAUACACGAACAGUAAUAAAAAUGGACUUAACAAUAAGAUUAGAAUGUAUAUUGAGAAUAGAGAUUUGAAUACAUUUAUCAAUUCAAGAAGAUUACCUGGAUCCACAAGUGUCACUGAUUUAUGGGUUGUCGAAUAUACAUACGAGACCAUAUCUACUUUCCCCACUUUAAUGAACCGAUCAGAAAUUAGACAUUUAGAAAAGAAGAAGUUAUCGCCGUUAGAGAAUGCGAUGAGGUCAUUACAAAUGAAAAUACAAGAAUUAAAUGGUCUUGAAAACAUGUGCUAUAAAACGAUCAAAGAGAUGAUGGAUUCAUCUGAAUUAUUUAAUGAGUUAUCGAGGAACCUUAUGGGUACCAUUUCUGCUCCUAUUAAUGGAGGGAUUGCUCAAUAUAAAGAAUUUUUAAAACCUCCAGUGGUUUCUAACUAUUCUCAACAAGAGGUAAAUAAAUUGACUAUGGCAUUUGAUGAAUUAGCCAUUUCUCUAAGUAGAUGUUUGGUUUUACAUUUACACUUACUCCCAUGUAAUCAAUAUAAGAAUUCUCAUAGUGUGUUGGUGGAGUUAUUUGAACAAAAUUUCAAAGAAGAAGUGGAAAGGAAUCAUAUUAAAGUGAACAAUAUGACAUUAGAAAUGUUGACAAGAACUUUAUCGAGACGUAGCUCGGAGAGAAGUUUAAUGAAGAAGCAGGUCUUCUCCAGUUGGGAUUCUUCUAGUAAUAACACGGGCACCUUCCCUGAGCCUUCUAUCAAUUCUAUGGAUUCAUUAAGUCAAAAUAGUAACAUUUUGAGCACUUAUCUUUCUAAAACUUCGAGAUCAUCCAGCCAUAGUUUGGGCAAUUCGAAUUUGAACGUUGCUAGUAACGUUUCUCAAUCUCAAGGAAUGAGCACUUUAUCAUCGUGGCAAUCUUCUAACCUUGGAACAGACAUGAAUACACAUUACCAUCCGCAUCUGGGAUGA